AUGGCGCCUGAUAAGGCCACUGGCAACACCGAUGCGAUACAAUCCACAGAAGCCAGUGACUCGCCGUUAGAAAAAGGCGGACGAGCAGUAUCCCAACAAAAUGUUGAUAAUCAAGCCCUGCCAACGACGCACUCAAUAUUCAACAAAUGGGAGAAACGGUUCAUCGUCAUCGUGGCCUCAGCUGCCGGCUUCUUCUCUCCCAUAAGUGCCAACAUUUAUUUUCCGUCUUUGCAGGUUCUAGCCGACGAGUACCGCGUGUCAACAACUCUCAUCAACCUAACGGUAACAGUUUACAUGAUUUUUCAAGGAUUGGCCCCUUCUUUUACUGGAUCACUCUCGGACAAUUACGGCAGGCGGCCAGUCUACUUCCUCUGCUUCGUCGUGUACAUUGCGUCCAACAUCGGCCUCGCCCUGCAGCACUCCUUUGCUGCACUUGUCGUCCUCCGCUGCGUCCAAAGCUCAGGGAGCAGCGGUACGGUCGCCCUCGCCAACGCGGUCGUCUCUGAUGUUGCGACGGCCUCGGAGCGCGGUACCUACAUCGCCUAUGCCUCGCUGGGCGGUGUCCUCGGAAUAGCUGUCGGUCCCAUCCUGGGGGGCAUUUUCGCCGAAUUCCUUGGGUGGAGGGCAAUAUUCUGGUUCCUCGUCAUCAGCGCCGGUGUAGUAUUCUUCGUCUUGAUAUUUUUUCUGCCCGAGACUGCGCGGCUCGUCGUGGACAAUGGAGCAAUUCGGCCGCCGAGAUGGAACCUCUGUUUGUGGGACAUGAUGCCCAGCGUAAAGCAGAGGAGGGCCGCGCAUCACUCCACCAAGAUAUCCGAGCCUUCCAAGAGAGCUCUGAUAAAUCCGUUCGCGACCUUGAAGAUCUGUCUCGACAAAGAGGCAGCCAUCGUCUUGCUGGCUAAUGGUAUCUCAUACGCUGGUUACUACGCCGUUGCAAGUGCCAUACCAGCGCAAUUUGCAGAGAUCUACGGCUUCAACGCGCUCCAAAUAGGGCUGUCCUUCAUCCCAAUCGGAGUUGCCAGCGGCAUAUCAGCCAUGACCGUGGGGCGGGCAGUUGACUGGAAUUUUGCUCGCCAUGCCCGCCGACUGGGAAUCACGCCCGAGGAGGCAAAGAAGAAGAACAGAGAUCUCGGUGCUUUCCCCAUCGAGAGCGUCCGCUGUGAGAUAGCCCUUCCCGUGUUGAUCCUUGCGAGUAUCUCAACAAUCAUCUAUGGCUGGGUGCUCGACUUUAGAACGAGCGUUGCCGGGCCGCUCGUGAUGCUGUUUCCCGUCGGGUUCUGCGCGAGCGGGUUCUUCACCAUCCUCAGCAUCUUGAUGGUAGACAUCUACCCGGAUGCCCCAGCCGCAGCAACUGCGGCGAAUAACCUCGUCCGUUGCUGGCUGGGUGCUGGUGCCUCGGGUCUUAUCCUACCCAUGGUCAAUGGUAUGACCAGCGGCUGGGCAUACACUUUUAUUGCUUUUUUGUAUCUUCUCCUGGUUCCCCUUCUAUGGAUCAUUAUGCGAUACGGACCGAGGUGGAGAAAGGAACGUGUCGGCAAGGCCUAG